GCACUAGCUCAAGCAGCCUAUGCCACAUUUGCACUCAAGCAAGUGAGCAGCUCGCCCGCCCUCCAGCAACAUGGAGACGGCCAACGUUGUCAUCCUCUCGUUCUUCUUCAUCUUUGCAAUCCACCGCCUCUUCAACCGCCUCCAUAGCAGGAGCACGAAGAUGAAGCCGCUGCCACCGGGCCCUCUAGCCAUACCGGUCCUCGGCCACCUAUACCUCCUCCUCGAGAAGAAUAUGCACCACUUGUUCACGCGCCUCGCCGCGCGCUACGGGCCCGUGCUCUACCUCCGCCUCGGCUCGCGUAACGCCGUGGUCGUGUCCUCUGUGGACUGCGCCAGGGAGUGCUUCACGGAGCACGACGUGACCUUCGCGAACCGCCCGACCUUCCCCACGCUGCAUCUCAUGACCUACGGGGGCACCACGGUCGGCACCUGCGCCUACGGCCCGUACUGGCGCCACAUCCGCCGCGUCAUCACGGUGCACCUCCUGUCCGCUCUCCGGGUGAGGUCCAUGGUCCCCGCCAUCGAAGCAGAGGUGCGCGCCAUGGCGCGGAGCAUGUACCGUGCGGCCGCGGCCGCUCCAUGCGGCACCGGCGCCGCCAAGGUGGAGCUGAGGGGGAGGCUGUUCGAGGUCGCGCUCAGCGCCCUCAUGGAAACCGUCGCGCAGAGCAAGACAUCCCGCUCUUCCAUGGGCGGUGCCGCGGACACGGGCAUGUCACCGGAGGCCCAAGAGUUCAAGGAGUCCAUGGACGUUAUGAUUCCGCUCCUCGGCACGGCCAACAUGUGGGACUUCCUGCCCGUGCUACAGAGGUUCGACGUGUUCGGCGUGAAGAACAAGAUGGCGGCCGCGGUGAGCGGCAGGGACGCGUUCUUCCGGCGGCUCAUUGACGAGGAGCGGCGGAGGCUGGACGACGGCGUCGAGAGCGAGAACAAAAGUAUGAUGGCUGUGCUGCUCACUCUGCAGAAGUCAGAACCGGAGAAUUACAGUGAUGACAUGAUCAUGUCUCUGUGCUUCUCCAUGUUCUCUGCGGGAACGGAAACCACUGCGACCACGGCGGAAUGGGCGAUGUCGCUGCUCCUGAACAACCCCGAGGUCCUGAAGAAGGCGCAGGGGGAAAUCGACGCGCAUGUGGGGAAUUCCCGCCUGCUAGGCGCCGACGACAUGCCGCACCUCCCCUACCUCCAGUGCGUCCUCACCGAGACGCUCCGGCUGUACCCGGUUUUCCCGAUGCUGAUCGCGCACGAGUCCACCGCAGACUGCAAGGUCGGCGGCCACCACGUGCCAAGCGGCACGAUGCUGCUCACCAACGCAUACGCCAUCCACAGAGACCCUGCGGCGUGGACGGAACCGGACGCCUUCAGGCCUGAACGAUUCGAGGAUGGCAGCGCCGAAGGGAAGCUCCUGAUACCGUUCGGGAUGGGGCGGCGCAAGUGUCCCGGAGAGACCAUGGCGCUGCGGACUCUAGGGCUGGUGCUGGGGACUCUGAUCCAGUGCUUCGACUGGGCCACUGUUGGAGGCGUCCCCAAAGUUGACAUGACCGAAGCGUCCGGGCUCACUCUCCCGAGGGCCGUUCCCCUCGAGGCCAUGUGCAAACCGCGCCAAGCCAUGCUUGAUGUCCUUCAGAACCUGUGAGUGCCCUUGCGGACCGAAGAAGUUGAUGAGCAUCAUUAUCAAAUGUUGCCACGUUGUUGCCUUGCUAUCGUUAUACGUAGGGCAAUGUUUAAUCCCUACAAGAUCUCUCUCUCCCCCCAAUAAACAUGUUCGUGCGUUGUAAUACAACAUAUCACUUGUAUUGUCGGUUGUAAUAUGAUUCAGAGUGAAAUUCUAUAUGUCACUGGAUCUGAACAAUAUCUAGUUCAUCAUAGACUAAGGAAAAUACUUUGAAGGUUCCUGGUUGAACUCUAUUAGUAGUAAUAGAAAUUUUGCCUGUUUCUGGUCUCCAACCAAAGGGAGAUCCGGUGGUCUGCUUGUUGGUUUUGA